AUGUCACGCGCGGUGAAGGAUGAAACGAGAGCAGCGCGUGAGUGUCCGAAGUACGACAGGAUCCACAUUGCUGUCAAAAGUGUCACAGAGAGCAAAGACUUUAACGUUAGAGGAGACUGCACCGUCAGACAGCUGAAAUGGGGUCUAGCAGAGCACCGUGGAGCCCCGGCAGAAGAGCUGGUUCUGAUCCACUCUGGCCGAGUCCUCAAAGAUUCAGAACUGCUGAGUCACCUUAAAAGACAGGAUGGGUUAGUGAGCCUGUGCAUGAUCCAAAGACCUCAGCAUUCUUCUGUGGUUCCCACCAAUGACCCAACUUCAGAACUGCUCCAGUCAGACCUCACAGCCGUUCUUCACCCUGAACCUGACACCUUAACACCAUCUCCCACCUCCCCCUUCUGCCUGGUGGAAGGUCUGGACAGCCUUGGCCUAACAAACGACGGGCCUGGUUUCUUCCCUGCACUUCAGCGGCAGAUGGAGAGGCAGCUACUGGCUGACCCGGAGAUGAUGCGCCAUGUGCUGGGCAGCCCCUUUGUGCAGAGUACCCUCUCUAACUCCAGCCCUCAGCUCACCAGACAACUCAUUCUGUCUAGUCCCCAAAUCCAGCAGCUCCUACAGACAAAUCCAGAGGUGGGGGAUAUGCUCAACAACACAGAUGUUGUAACACAGGUUUUAGAGCUCAUCAGGAACCCUGACAUGAUACAUGAAGUGAUGCAUAAUGAAGACAGAGCAUUAGACAAUCUACAACAAAAGCAGGACAACUCUGAAACCAUCACUGGUGAUUCCGAUGGCCUUCAAGAAAAUGACAGUCUCAAACUACCACAAAUCCAGAGAGGAGUGCCGCCAGUGGUGCCUGCAUCGUCUGAGAAUCAACAACCACCUGAAAGAGACAGAGAGAAGACUCCAUCACUCUCCAGCCACUCCACAGAUCCUCUCAUAGGACUGACUGCCAACCACACAACUGAUCCAAACUCUCAGCACACUAUUACUGCUGCAUCAGGUAUGCAGUCACUGCUAGAGGAGAUCACAGCUAGUCCAGGACUGAUGGAAAGCCUGCUUUCUGGGCCUUAUGUCAGCUGUCUUCUGAAUUGCCUCAGCCAGAACCCCGACCUGGCAGCACAGAUGUUGCUGAGCCACCCUUUGUUCUCAGGAAAUCCUCAGCUGCAGCUGCAGAUGAGACAGCAGCUCCCUCUAUUCUUGGAACAGAUGCAGAGUCCAGAGCUGCUGGCAGCCAUGUUGAACCCCAAAGCCAUGGGGGCUCUGCUUCAGAUCCAUCAGGGCCUCCAGACUCUGAGUGCAGAGGCCCCUGCCCUCAUACCUGAGACUGAACUAGGAAAUACCAGAGCCAAUGUUAAUGCUGCCCCCGAACACAGGUCUGAUUCUGUGCUGAAUAACCAAUCAGGAAGUGGUCCUCAGGUUGCCACGGUGACAGAACAGCAGCAGCAGUUUGUACAACAGAUGCUACAGGCGUUGGCUAAUGCUAAUCAUGAGGUCAAUCGAGAGGAAGCUGAUUUUUAGGAGGAGCUGGAUCAGCUGAGCUCUGUUGGCUUCAGAGACAGGCAGGCUGACCUUCAGGCCCUCAUCAGCAGCCGGGGAGACCUCACCACUGCUGUACAACAUCUGCUCAGUCAUUGA